GAGUCGAGGGGAGCACGCCGGCCGGAGGAGGGGCGGACCCGCCUGCUCCGCCCGCCCGCUCCGAGCCAAGCCGAGCCGAGCGGCCCGGGCUGGGCGCGACCCCGGCCCGCGGCGGCGCAGAAAGCGGGCAGAGGCGCGGGCCAUGCUGCGGCUGGCGCCCGCCGGGACCCGAGCCAUCGUGGACAUGUCGUACGCCCGCCACUUCCUGGACUUCCAGGGCUCCGACAUCCCCCGCGCCAUGCAGAAGCUGGUGGUGACCCGGCUGAGCCCCAACUUCCGCGAGGCCGUCACCCUGCGCGGGGACUGCCCGGUGCCACUCCCCGGGGACGGAGACCUCCUCGUCCGGAACCGAUUUGUCGGUGUCAAUGCAUCUGACAUCAACUAUUCCGCGGGCCGAUAUGACCCUUCAGUCAAGACCCCCUUUGACAUAGGUUUCGAAGGUGUGGGAGAGGUGGUAGCCUUAGGCCUGUCUGCCAGUGCCAGGUAUGCCGUGGGCCAGGCUGUGGCCUACAUGGCCCCCGGCUCCUUCGCUGAGUACACGGUGCUGCCAGCCAGUGCCGCAGCUCCCGUGGCCUCUCUGCAGCCCCAGUAUGUCACCCUGCCGGUAAGUGCUACCACUGCAUACAUCAGCCUGAAGGAGCUCGGAGGACUGUCGGAAGGGACAAAAGUUUUGGUGACGGCAGCAGCUGGGGGGACAGGCCAGUUUGCCAUGCAGCUUGCAAAGAAGGCCGGGUGCCAUGUCAUUGGCACCUGCUCUUCCGAUGAAAAGUCUGCUUUUCUGAAAUCCAUUGGCUGUGAUCGUCCUAUCAACUAUACAACCGAGCCCGUCAGCACUGUCCUGAAGCAGGAGUACCCCAAAGGUGUGGAUGUGGUAUAUGAGUCCGUCGGGGGCGCCAUGUUCGACUUGGCCGUAGAUGCCUUGGCUAUCAAGGGGCGCUUGAUAGUCAUUGGAUUCGUGUCUGGCUACCAAACUCCUACUGGCCUUUCUCCUGUGAAAGCAGGGACAUUACCAGCCAAACUGCUGAAGAAAUCUGCCAGUGUCCGGGGCUUCUUCUUGAACCAUUCCCUUUCUAAGUAUCAAGCAGCCAUGGACCACUUGCUUAAGAUGUAUGCGGGUGGAGACCUGGUCUGCAAGGUGGACCUUGGAGACCGGUCUGCGGAGGGCAGGUUUAUUGGCCUGGAGUCUGUAUUCCGGGCUGUUGAUUAUAUGUACAUGGGAAAAAACACUGGAAAAAUUGUAGUUGAAUUAUCUCGCUCUGUCAGCAGUAAGCUGUAAAAGCAGAACAAUGACAUAAAUCAAAGGAGAAAGAAAAUGGGCACUUUAUUCCUCAGAAUUACUCAAAUCAAGUUAUUUGUAGUUGGUUAACGGGUAUAAUAUUUCUUAAAACAAAAGUCAGGUGUUAAUGAGUAAGUUUCUCUUUCUUUUUUUUUUUUUUAUUUUUUUGUGGGGGAGGGGGUUUGCCCCUCCCUUGAAAAUAAUGCUAAUAAAAACUUCUCUCGAUGGCUCAGAGGUAAAACCGUUAUAUUCGAUUCUUUGGUCAUGGACAGUCUCAUUCCAGAUUUUAUUAUUCCAGAGAAUUAAAUUAAUUCCUGAUGCAAGAUCUGAUCAAAUCAGUAUGUCUUGAGCUUGAUGAGAUUUUAAAAUCGGUCUUGAAAAUAGCCCACAAAUUCUUUGCUUUGGGAGAGUUUGGUCGUACACUAAUGAGCAGUUAAUAAAUGAGAGAUAGAGCAGAAAAGCAGCCAUAUAUUUUCAGAGUCCAUAUUCGCAGGAAAUGGCCCUUCCUUUUCUAUAAAUCACCAACUCUCUAACUAGAAAUUUGGAGGAAUUCUCCCAAAACUUUGAUUUUUGUUAGGUCAAUAGAAAAAUGCCUAUGUGAACGCAGACCUCUUUUUAAAAAGUGUCUAUUAUUUAAUGCUUUAUGCACAAUUAUCCCAGUGAGACCUGUGUGGAACCGGAAGCUUCUCUCUGCCCUUAAGAAGCAAAUUAGGGUUGAAAACUGAUAAGACAAAAGCAGGCUUUGGAAAGGGAUACUACAGAGUUUGGGGGCAAGCUUUAAAAACUUAGUACCUGCCCAGGGAGAGAGAGGAGGUGCUGCGUCCAUGAGGAGAGUCUGCAUAACAAAGGGAAAGCACUCUCUAGGCACUGGGCCAGAGAGUAAUAAUAGCAUCCUUCCCAGGCCUGAAGUAGGAUGUAUCAGACAGCACUGUGCAGAGGAGGGACUGACGCAAUCUAAAAUAAUCAGACACUCGCUUCGUGUUUCAGACUUUCGGACACGGUGUGUUUUAUCUCUGAUCUUGGAAACAGAAUAGUGUGUGUGGCAGAGCGCACUGUCCUGUGUCCCCAUUUUACUUCCCCACGCGUUCUGUGGGAACGGGCUGCACCUCGUUACUAGUGCCCACUGCCCAUGUCACACGUGAGAGCAACGUCACGAGCCUUCUCGCAGCCCAGCUGCCUGCCUCCUCACCGUCAGCUUGCCAAAGAAGGCUACAACUCUCAUUGCGAAGUUGGAAAUCCCAUAGUGCCUUUCUAAUUGAAGGCAAAGCCCACCGGAUUAUUUUUCAAAGCCCUGGGUUUUCAGUGUCUCUAAAUGCUAAAUAAAUGUGAACGCAAUUAAAGAUGCUCCAGGAAACUUGGCGACCAUAUUUAAUUUUUCUUUCCUCCCAUCUGAGGAGCGAGGAGAUCCUACUUCUGAAUAGCUGUUAGUAUCUAUUUUACAAGAUUUACUCAUUUUCAGGUACCUAAUGUAGCUGCUAGCAUGCACGCACAACAAUACAAUUUAUAUGGUAAAUGGGACCAAAUAAUGGCUUCACUGAAUGUUAGGGCUGCACUGAAGGGAGAUGUCACGGUAAAUAGCCGCCAAAUUAUGGAUCAUGCCGAAGUGUCACAACUGCACUAAAGACAAAUAGCACCGGAGGCUAUUGCCGCUGUGACGCUUCUGAGUUAUGAAGAAGGGUAGCAGCCUGAUUCGAGGCUCUUUGUGUCCUCAUUAUAGCAAGGGGUUAGUAGUGCGGGGUACAAGAGAGGUUGGCCCAACGUGGUGCUCGGUUAUUAAUCUGCCCCUUUCAGACCUAACAGCUCUGGCCAAACGGAAGGAGACUCUCCCCGGCUUUCAGAUACACAAACACACACAGGGGAGGGGACAGGUUUUAGGAACAGAAGUGCCCAGGAAGGGACUAGUAAUGGGCGAACAUUGUAAUCAAAUCAUCCCAUCCAAGAAGAUGAUGAAAUUUCCCGUAGUAUCUGUUGCUCCCCAUGCAGAUAGAUGUGUGAAGUCUAAACCAUAAUGCACUUUCUCCCUUCGUCGAGACUCGAGGAGCAAGGACACUGCCAACUAAAUUGCUUCUUCGAAACUGAAGUGCGUCCCGGUUUCUUUCAUGUUAAUGGGAGGGUAAUAAAGAUGAAAGACCAACAUUUUAAUGGAUGGAUCCCUUAAGCUACAGAAUAGAAAUUUAUGAUGUUUUGAAGGAAUAUACUAAAUUCAGCGACAUAAAAAAAAUUUUUUUUUCAAACACCCAGGUUUAAAAUAAAAUAUAAUCUGAAAACCUCAUGCUCGCUUUCCCCAAACUCAGGAACUACAGUGCAUGCUGUUUUCAUUUAUUCUUAGAAAACAAGCAUGAAAGAUUCCGCCCAUUCAGAUAAUGCCAAAAAUAUGUUUAAACUUUUUUUUUCUUAUUCUGAAAAAUGAUUUGUAAAUUGAGGGUCAUAGUUCAGUAUCAGUUUCAUCUUCUGGGAUUAUCGUUCAGGACCAGCCUCUAAUGGGAGGUGAAAUGGUGCAAUGCUCUCAACACCUUUCUUCUGAACUGUAUUACAUAUCACAAAAAGUACAUCCAUAAUUCAGGGCAAUUGUCAGUCUUUGUUUUAGAGACAGGGCUGGGGCUGAGCGAUCAUGGUGGAUGAAUUAUUUCUCGGUUCUCAGGGUGGCCUUCUCUGCACCUCAGCCUUGAGGGCUCUGGCUGGGCAGAUGGAGGGGUUUGACUUUGAGAAGCUAUUCUUUGCCAUUCCAUUGUGACUUCUAAAAAAGCAAAUGCUAUUCCUUCACAUUUGUUUUGCAUGCAAAAAAAAAAAAAAAUACCAAUGGUGUCAUUCCGGGUCUCUUUGACGAUGACUCCUGCUAGUAAAUAUUGUCAGCAUUUAAAAAAAAUUUUUUUUUCAGGGAAUAGUUCAUAAAGAAAUGACGCGGAAGUUUUGCUUGAUAGGCUCUAUACAUUGUUAUUAUAUGAUUUCAUCUGAAUGGAGUUUCUCAAGAGUAGGAUAGAGCCUCUGUAAAUGGUCAUUAGUAUUACAUUCAGUAUUUAUCUAAUGAAAGUGCAGUGACAAGUAGCUGCUUCUUAUUAAAAUGAAAAUCCUGCGUUAUGUACUUAAGGAACAUUCCAGCUAAUGAGGAUGUAAUGUCCUCAGUACAACACAGACCUUCUUUUUGUGUUCCCCACCACAAGACGCUGGAAACUUGACAAAUGAUAUCAUUUAAGACACAUGCCUGCCGUAGGGACCUGCUUUUUGGCUUCCUGUUUCUGGCUUUUAUUUGGGUAACAUUUAUAAUGGCCACCGGACUUGAAACGGGUAAUGUUUUAACCCCUUCGUAGAGUUCCCAAUUAGCAUGAAUUUACUACAUUCAGGGUUUCUUUUAAAAUGGGGUGUUUAGUACUGAAAAUAUUUUUCUUGAUCACUUUACCACAUGUACAUAUGGGAUAAAUACAUUUUAGAUUUAUAUAAAAACAGAUGAGCAGCAUGCAACUUUCAGAAAAAACACGAUAGAAAAAGACCAAGCACAAUCAACUGUGGACGAUAAUUUCCUAGGGGUUACAAUACACGUUUUAUGAAUGUAACCCAGAUGUGAAAUGGCCUGAUUUGAUGGGCUCCUAAUCCCUGUUCUCUGUCCUUCCCUCUCUCUUCUUUUAUUAACGAUUGUUUGUUAUUUAUAGUACUUAUUUAGAGACACGAAAUUUAUCUAUGCAAACAUUAUUCGUGGGGAUUGGUUGGGGUUUUUUUGAAAGUUCGAUUUUUCUGUAACUAAUGUUGUAGUUAUGGCCCAGAAUUAAAGAUUUAGGAUCACAUUUCAGAAGUCAGACAUGAAACUCUGGAUUCUCCAUACCACGGAUGUGGGCAUUUUAAACUUUAAAUUCUAUUGCUUACUAGACCUUUAGCAUUGUUAUUUCAACUUAUAAAGAGAGGAAUGUUCAAUAUGAGAACCUUAUUGCUGUGACCCUGAGCAAACUAUGGGACGUUGCCAAGAGAAAAAAAAAAAAAAAAAAAAAAAAA